AACUCCUCCUCCGGGGAGGUUCCUUUAAAUGCGGGCCAGCUAGCUGACCGGGCCUCCGUUCUUACUCCGAGUGGUACCUGCCCAGGAGGCUCCCCGCCAGGAUGCAGCCCACCUGCACGGCCGAGGAGUUUGUGGACAGCCACCUCAAGCCUGGGAGGAUGGUGCUGUUCAUGAAGCCCACCUGCCCCUUCUGCAGGCGGGCCGAGGAGCUCCUCUGCCAGUACCCCUUCAAAAGAGAGUCGUUGGUAAUUGUGGAUAUCACCGUCACCAGGAACACAGAGAAGAUUCAAGAUUAUUUCCAACAGCUCACAGGAGCCAGAACGGUACCUCGAAUCUUUAUCGGUAAAGAGUGUAUAGGUGGAUGCAGUGAACUACAAGAGAUGGACAGAAGUGGGGAACUGAUGGUGCGGCUAAUAGAAAUGGGAGCUCUAACGCCAUAAUUACAGAGCAGACCCAGGCUGAUGUCUCCCUUGAGAGCUGGAUGGCAUUGUGAAUGGUGGCAGCACUUCUGGUGGAUGGAUCUGGGGUGACCUUUACCCAGCAACUGAUUACUUAAUCUUCUGAAAUAUCUGAACCAAAAAAUGGGAGAGUUCUCAGCAAAAACAGGCUUUGCUUCUUUCAACUCUAUUGAAAGUGGACCCACUUGCCACAAACCACAGGUCUGAGAUGGUGGAUGGACAUCUCGGGUUUCUUCCGGAUUGGCCCGUGGAAUAGACCGUGACAAGUUAUAGCUCAGGAUUCCCUCAUUGACCCAAAAAAGUUCUUUCUCUUUUGCACGUGGUUCUUACUAUCGUUCGUGUGCCAGGACUCCUACCGCUAAGCCAGUGUUUCCCAACCAGUUUAUCCCAGGCUCCCUAGGAUGAACUGAUAGUUAAUUUUAUGCUACUGCCCAAAAAUUAGUUUGUGGAGUUUGAAUUUAUAGUUUGUAUUUUGAAAUCGAUAGGUAUUUCGAAUGUGCUUUUCCAAAUUCCAUGUGUCUCCCCUAUCCUAUCUUGAAAAUCACUGCUCUGAACUUGUGUUCUUAAACUUGACAACUCACAGACGUCAUAGAAAACGCCCAACAAUUCUGGGAAGGGUCUGAGGGCCGAUGUGAGAAGUGCCACAUGAAACGUUAAGCACAGUGCGUCUUUCCUUGGUCUACAGAGCUCAGAGGUACACGUGCAGAUGCUGUGAUCAUGUGGCAACACUGUUUGGUGAGAUGAUCGCCCAGGUACUCCUGCACAAGUGUGUAUGAAUUCGUUUAGAUGAUGAACAAAAGUUAAAUUUAAAACAUUACCAUAAAAAUUUUGCAACCCCCCUCUCCCAAGACUGUCUAUGAAAGUAGCUCUAAUUGAGAAACACUGUCUUAAAUGAUUUUAGCACCUUUUAUCUCACACUCUAUGAAAUCUUAAGAAUCCCUUAUUAUGAAGUUUGUUCUAGAAUUACAAGAUUAACUUAACAUCCUUUUGCAGUCUCUAGAGUGAAAGGUUAAUAUGUUUUGGUAAUAAAAAAGCAGUCACAGAUGACUGACUUUUUUUGUCCAAUUCUAUGUUCUCAAGUCCUUAAGGAAUGAUAUUAAUGUGAACACGUCAAUUUGAAGCUUUAUUCAUGUUUGUCCCCUGCCAUUAUAAAUAAAGGUAAUGCUAUUCACUGAGAA